AGGUGGAGUGAGUGCCCCAGGCUGCAGCUGGAAAACCCUAGAAUAUCAAAGAGAUGGAAAAAAGAGUACUACAGGCUGCUGUUCCGAAAUUUGACAAAGUUCCUUGGCUCAGUGAGGCCAGCCUCACCAACAAGCCUUUAGUACUCAGCCUCCCCAACAGAUCUUACUCCUCUGCCACUUUUCUGACUUCACCGAGGGGACAUGUGAAUUCACCUCUUCUGUUUCAAGGCCCAGAUGUCUCAUCUAAGACUGGAAGGAACCAGACUGACUCGGGGUUGCUCAGAAACAAGUGGCUGUGUGCCUCAUGUCGAGAAGAAAAAAUGGUACAACCAAGAACUAUGACAAUCCCAGAUGAUCUGAAACUAUCCUUUAAAAAUUUUAUGAAUCAUAGAAUGAUGAAUCCUCGUCAGCCCAAAGCCCCGGCUAUACCUAAACCUUCUAGUGAUGACAUCCUAACAGAGAGUAUUCACUACAGGCUGCCUAUUACGGGUCCCAGGACAGGCGUCUUCCACGGACUGCUGUCAGAUGUCUACAAAACUCUUCAGGAGACUCAACACUCUUCCUUGCCCAGAAAGAAGCCCAAGGGCAAAGCAAUAAAACAAUGAGGGCUCAGCCUCUUGACACUGGUGUCUUCUCAUCAUUUUCUCUUAGCUCCAGAUAGAUGACUCAGUUUGCCUUCCUAAGAGUUGCUGCUAUGGUAGCUCUUGUCACCUCCUCACUCCUUUCUCCUAAAGACAAAAUACAAUUUACAUCAUUAUAAAGAUUUAUUGGCUACCAUGGAAUAUGAUGUUAUCUCUCAGUUUAUUUUCUUAAAUAUUUUAUCCAUAUUAUGAUAAAUUUCACAUCCCUCUGUUUCUAAGACAGGGAUUUUUCUA